CCCGCCAAGCCCGGCUGCCCACUGCCCCUCCCCCUCUGCAGAAUGUCUGGGGUCCUGUGUUCCAAACCUGUUUAUAUGCAAAUUAUCCCUGCUCCACUUGGACUCAGGAGGAUCUGCUGAGUCAGGUCACUCUCUGGGUCCUGCCCUUGACUUUUUUCAUUGCGGAAGCUGCCAGACAGUGGUGGUCAGUGCCCAGCCUGAGGGGAUGGCUUCAAAUGGAGCAUACCCAGUGCUGGGACCCGGCGUGACCGUGAACCCUGGCACCUCCCUGUCUGUGUUCACGGCUCUGCCCUUUGCCACACCCGCUCCCAGCCCAGCACACAGGCCGCCCUUCGUGACUGCAGUGGUUCCUCCAGCCGGCCCUCUGGUGCCCUCUGCCUUCCCCAGCACCCAUCUAGUGGCAGGACAGGAUGGCCGCGGCCCAAGUGGGGCCGGGGCUUCCAACGUCUUUGUCCAGAUGAGGACAGAAGUGGGGCCUGUGAAGCCCCCUCAGGCACAGACCUUGAUUCUAACUCAGGCCCCCCUCGUCUGGCAGGCUCCAGGCACCCUCUGUGGAGGUGUCAUGUGUCCACCUCCCCUACUCCUGGCAGCUGCUCCUGGGGUGCCCAUUACAUCUGCCCAGGUGGUUGGGGGCACCCAGGCCUGUGAGGGAGGCUGGUCCCAUGGACUUCCUCUUCCACCACCACCACCGGCUGCCCAGGUGGCCCCCAUCGUGUCCCCAGGGAACGCUGGGCCAUGGCCACAAGGGGCUCAUGGAGAGGGCAGCCUGGCUCCCUCCCAGGCCAAGGCCCCGCCGGACGACUCCUGUAAACCCAAGAGUGUCUAUGAGAACUUCCGACUCUGGCAGCACUACAAGCCCCUGGCCCGGAGGCACCUUCCCCAGAGUCCUGACACUGAAGCGCUUUCCUGCUUCCUCAUCCCAGUUCUCCGAUCCCUGGCCCGGCGGAAGCCCACCAUGACGCUGGAGGAGGGACUGUGGCGGGCCAUGCGGGAAUGGCAGCACACGAGCAACUUUGACCGGAAGAUCUUCUACGAGAUGGCGGAAAAGUUCCUGGAGUUUGAGGCUGAGGAGGAGAUGCAGAUUCAGAAAUCGCAGUGGAUGAAGGGGCCCCAGGGCCUGCCUCCUCCAGCCCCGCCGAGGCUUGAACCUCGAGGACCCCCUGCCCCUGAGGUGGUCAAGCAGCCAGUGUACCUUCCCAGCAAGGAUGGCCCCAAGGCCCCGACUGCCUGCCUGCCACCACCCAGGCCCCAGAGGCCAGCGGAGACCAAGGCCCACCUGACACCACCCAGGCCCCAGAGGCCAGCGGAGACCAAGGCCCACCUGCCACCACCCAGGCCCCAGAGGCCAGCAGAGACCAAGGCCCACCUGCCACCACCCAGGCCCCAGAGGCCAGCGGAGACCAAGGCCCACCUGCCACCACCCAGGCCCCAGAGGCCAGCGGAGACCAAGGCCCACCUGCCACCACCCAGGCCCCAGAGGCCAGCGGAGACCAAGGCCCACCUGCCACCACCCAGGCCCCAGAGGCCAGCGGAGACCAAGGCCCACCUGCCACCACCCAGGCCCCAGAGGCCAGCGGAGACCAAGGCCCACCUGCCACCACCCAGGCCCCAGAGGCCAGCAGAGACCAAGGUCCCUGAGGAGAUCCCCCCUGAAGUGGUGCAGGAGUAUGUGGACAUCAUGGAGGAGCUGCUGGGGUCUCACCCUGGGGACACAGGGGAGCCUGAGGGACAACGGGAAAAGGGCAAAGUGGAGCAGCCGCAGGAAGAGGACGGGAUGACCUCAGACCCGGGCCUCCUGAGCUACAUUGACAAGCUGUGUUCCCAGGAAGACUUUGUCACCAAGGUGGAGGCCGUCAUUCACCCCCGAUUCCUGGAAGAAUUGCUUUCCCCAGAUCCACAGAUGGAUUUCUUGGCCCUAAGCCAGGAGCUGGAGCAGGAGGAAGGACUCACCCUUGACCAGCUAGUGGAGAAGCGCCUCCUGUCCUCGAAGGAGAAACGGUGUGGGAGGGCAGCCCCUCGACAUGGCAUGGCCCGGUUGGACUCAAGUCCUUCUAAGUUUGCAGCUGGCCAAGGAGCAGCGAGAGAGGUCCCUGACCCCCAACAAAGGGUCAGCGUGGAAACCUCCCCACCCCAGACGGCUGCCCAGGACCCUCAGGGACAGGGCAGAGUGUGCACUGGCAUGGCCAGGUCCGAAGACCCUGCUGUGCUUUUGGGAUGUCAGGAUUCCCCCAGGCUGAAGGCUGUCUGGCCAACCUCUCCUCCCCAGGACCACAGACCCACCUUCCCCAGCCUGGGGACCAAGGACGCCUUGGGUGUCCCUGGAGAGUCUCCUGUCAAGGAGUCACACGGGCUGGCUAAGGGGUCAAGUGAGGAGACGGAACUCCCUGGCAUGGUCUAUGUCGUGGGUUCCCACCACAGGCUGAGGCCCUGGAGGCUGUCCCAGAGCCCUGUCCCUUCCUCGGGCCUUCUCAGCCCAGGAGGGCGAGGACCCCAGGGAGCUCUUCAGUCUCCAUCUGCUCAGAAAAGAGGCCUCAGCCCAGCACCCUCUCCCGCCAGUAAGUCCAAGAAGCGACCUCUCUUUGGAAGCCCAUCCCCUGCUGAAAAGACACCGCACCCAGGGCCUGGGCUCAGGGUCUCUGGGGAGCAAUCCCUGGCUUGGGGGCUGGGUGGCCCCUCACAGUCUCAAAAGAGAAAGGGUGACCCCUUGGCCUCCAGGAGGAAGAAGAAGCGGCAUUGUAGCCAGUAGGGGCCACCACGGGGCAGACUCUCUGAUGCCAGUCCCCAAAAGUGGGGCUCUGAAGUCUCGGACCCUCAUGGCACCCGGUGCCCCAAAGCAAAGGCUGCUUCUCCUCCAGUGCUGAUCUUGCUGGGCCUUAGCUUUGGAGGGUAGGGGAAGGAGGGGAGGGAGGGGAGGGAGAAGGUGGCUGAACGGGGAGGGCAGGAAGGGGGGAGGGUAGGGGAGGGAGAGGGUGGCUGAAUGGGGAGGGCGAGAAGGGAGGGCCUGGGGGGUGGGAAGCAGUGCCUUGGGGGCCUUCUGUGUAAAUGUGAAUAAAUGUAGUUGUUUUGG